UUGAGUAAAUUUAUGAGCUGUAACCUGCGAGCAACCUGCGGGGAUGCAGUGAAGAACACAUUGAACACGCUGCACCCAACCGCAACAAUAUGGCACAGUUAUUGAAAAUUGCAUCAUUGAACGUAAGAGGGUUGGGGGCGGCCUCGUUCAGAACUAAGUGGAAAGAGAUUAAGGGAUUGGUGGACCGUGAUCGGGUCCAGCUCCUCUGUUUGCAGGAAACUAAAUUGUCUGAUCAUAGAUUAACGGAAGGGGAGUCGCCGCCAAUCAAGGCGAGCCUUCAAGCUGGCUUUCAGCUUUGGGCGCCGGCAAUAGGCACGGCCGGGGGAGUGGCCAUCCUUUGCACCAAAUACUUCAAGGGGGAGAUCCGGGAUUUUUUCGCAGACACAGAGGGUCGUUGGGCCUGGGUGUACACAUACCUUGCUGGGGAACGAGUCCUGAUUGCAACUGUAUACGCCCCCCCACAGCUUAGGGACAAAUGUCAAUUUUGGCACGCCUUCUCUGUUAAUAUCCCUGACGCCGACCGGCUAAUCCUGAUUGGUGAUUUUAACACGGUUGUGGACUCACCCUCGCAAUUAGCCUCCCGUGCCCCUUACUCGCCUGACGCGCUUGCCAUGAUAAAUGUGCUGACCACCAUGGGCCUGCACGAUGCCUUUAGAAUGCUCUGGCCCCAUGAGAAAGGGAUCACAUGGGUCGGACCGGCGCUUAAAACAUGCAGCAGAAUCGACAUGGCUUGGCUGUCUCAGACCGCAGCGCACUGCUUACUCGACUUUAGUAUCACUCCUGUGGUCCGUUCGGACCACAAGAUGAUCACUAUCACUCUGGCGCUCCCGACUGCACUGCACACUAGGCCCCCCCCCUCUACCGUCCCGGGAUGGAUCUUUUCGGAGGAGCGGUUCCGCAAUAUGGCAAACCAACAUUGGCUCUACUGGUCACAGCUUCGACACCCGGACCAGUCAGCCCUUCAAUGGUUAAUGGAUGGGACGGCGGCUCUGGCCAGGCUACUCAAACAGGCGGUGCUCGCGUCCAAGCGGGCAAGGCGACUGAUGGCGGAAGCAUUCAUUAGAAGAGCACUGGAACUCGGCGAUGGGCCGCCAACAGAAGAUGGGGAGGAGGAAUGGUGGAUGCAGUGGGCCGCGCUGCAGGUGGAAUGGGAGGACUGGCAGAUUAAGGACGCGGAAUCAUGGGGACUGCGUAACAAAGCACAAUGGACAAUCGCGGCGGGGCGCAUGACGAAGACAUUCUUCCGGAGACUCCACUCGAAGCGGCCGGCCUCUAUAAUGAUGACACUGCAGGCCCCAUUUCAGGAGGAUGGACCGCUUGCUGACAAUACCCAGACCAUCCUGCAGUUCGCCCACGAGUAUUACUCCUACCUGCUGACCGAUGAACAAUCCUGGACGUCGGAAGAAAUCAUUGCGGCCCCGGCCUCGGCGAUAUGGUAGAAGACGACUGCAACGUUGACUGACUCGGACUGGUGUGACCUCGACGAACCGAUUACCGAACGAGAGAUCGGCGAAGCGUUGGCAAAUAUG